AUGCGCAAGCUAGACUCGUUGCCGCACACCAAGAGUAUCCAGGAGAAGCUAGUGGCCCUAUCUUCAACUGACGUCAAUCGCCCGAGCUACUGGAUCGCCGGUAACCUCUUUCGACUGAGGAAGGACUCCACCAACAAACGUGGCAUUCUCGAAGUCUCUGAGAGACAGCCUAAUGGAUCACUGGGCAACUGGCGACUUGUCCUCGACGUCGACAAACUGGGCCAGGAGGAGAGUAGAGAGCUCGAGUUUUUCGACUUUGACUUUAAGAGUCGUAUCUUUGGGCCUAAUGCCUCGCGCCUCCUUGUCCUCUUGUCCGAUGGAGGCUCUGACUUGGUCGAGUUGCGUGAGCUUGAUACCAAACAAGGCAAAUUCGUUGAAGACGGGUUUCGCACAGGGCUGGGCCGUAUCGCUGUUGCCUGGCUGGACAUCGAUCACGUCUUGAUCAACCACAACCUCUACGGCAGUCCGACUACGGCAGCGGGUUGGGGAACCACUUCGUACAUCUGGAAGCGAGGUACCGACUUGAAGGAGGCCAAGGCUGUCAAAGAAAUACCCUCAACCAGUGCACUCUCUCUCAUCUCCUCGGUGGGCCAAACCAACAGUGGCCGUGCCCUCAUCACCUGCGCCGUGGACUACUCCACCCUUGUCUACAGCAUUGUUUCCCUUAAUGGGACUGUGGAAGAGCUUGAUCUACCAAAGAAACAGUCCAUGUCGCUACCACCCAAAACCACAUCUAAGCAUGUGGUGGCCGUGCUGGGUGAGAAGGCGACCGUCUGUGGUCGAGAGGUCCCAGUUGGUUCCGUCAUUGCGUACAACACGGUGCCAGACACACCAGCCCACGAAAGGACCUCGAUUGUUUACAUUCCAGAGCCAGACGAGGUUAAUGCUCAUCUGUUUGUUGAUGGAAUCCAGGCAAGCAAGACAAGGGUUUACUUGACAAUGAACAAGAGACAGUCAGAGCGUCGCUUGACUCUGGAAUACGACGCCAAUGAAUGGAGAAUCAUUCGAAGCAUAGAGACGAGUAUCGGGUCUCAUGCGGCUGCGACUAGCGGUGACCCUUACAGCAACGACACAGUCGUGACCGAGUCUGGCUUGCUCUCUCCAUCGACUACCUGGCUGGAACGCGGCGAGACCAAGGAGUCUUUGUACACCCAGCCAUCGGUUUUCAAUGCCGAGGCCUUUCAACUUGGUCAGAAGAGCACUUCAAGCAAGGACGGCACUUCAAUCGACUAUCUUGUCCUCUCGCCCAAGGAGUCGAAACAUCCACAAGGCAAGCAGCCGGUCAUGAUGAUUGGGUAUGGCGCCUUUGGGCUUUCUGUCCCGUUGUCAUACCUGGACAUGAUUUUGGGCGGCAUCUCACUGGUCCCCUGGCUAGAGAGUGGCGGGUCGUUGGUGAUUCCAUUCAUUCGGGGCGGCGGCGAACGAGGCGAGGAAUGGCAUCAAGCAGCACGACAGGAGAAGCGACAAAACUCGUACGACGACUUCAUCGCCGUUGCUGAGACACUCGUCAAGGAUGGGAUGACUACCCCAAAACAUAUUGGCGUUGUCGGCGGAUCCAACGGCGGCUUGCUAGCUGCUGUCAUGGGCACACAGCGACCGGACCUCUUUGGCGCCAUCGUGAGCGACGUGCCUCUAACGGACAUGUUGAGAUACCCUCUGAUGGGGAUGGGAGCUGCGUGGAUAUACGAGUACGGAGACCCUCAAGAUGCUGAAAUGGCCAAGGUUCUCAGAGCCUACUCGCCUUUCCACAACAUUCGCGAAGGGGUAGAGUAUCCCCCCUUUCUCGUCACCGUCUCGACAAAGGAUGAUCGAGUCGGUGCAGGUCAUGCGCGGAAGCUUGUUGCGAAGUUGAAGGAUGUAGGGGCAUCAAAUGUGUUUUUGUACGAGGAUCGCACAGGCGGACAUGGUGUCAGUGAUCCUUUCAAGAAUGCGACAUUGAUGGCCAGACGGAUCGCCUUUUUGAUGGAGUAUCUCCAGUCCACACGUUCGGAUGCCUAG